UGCAGCCUGUUGUGAAUGUGUGUGUGUGUGUGUCUCGUCAUCGGGGACGGUGGUUGCGGAAGUAGCUACGCUGUUUGCCGGGGAUGAGACCUGGCGACCGUGCAGGGGGGAAGAGGUGUGUGAGAGCCUCGGGUCUGCCAAACAAACAACUCCUGUGGAGAUGGAUGAUCCGGUAACGUGAUCCUCCUGAGAUCCGUUUUCAGUUUCAACAGCGUAGGUUCGUUUCUGGCCUGUCCUGGGUCCCGUUAAAAAACAGGGCUGAAUAGGGGUAGGUAUGGGUGCGCUACAGUCCUCACCUGGUCAACAUGAAUACAGUGAUCUGGCGGAAAAGACGGGCUUUUCAUUUAGACAGAUUGGAGUCUUACAUACAAGAUUCAAGCAGUUGAGCCACAAUGAAGAAACUCUGCGGAGAGAUCACUUCAAUGAAAUCCCAGAUCUAGCGUGCAAUCCCAUCCGUGCACAGAUCGUAGAGGCCUUCUUUGACAGGAGAAACUUCCGUGAGAAUGGUGAGGGUACGGUUCAGGAGAUCGGUUUUGAGGAGUUCUUGGUGGUCAUGUCCCAUUUCAGACCCCCGUCACUACACAUGACACAGGAGCAGCGUGAGAGUGUCAGGAGGGAGAAACUAAGAUUUUUAUUCAACAUGCAUGACACAGACAACGAUGGGACAAUAACCUUAGAGGAAUACAGACAUUUGGUUGAGGAGCUGCUGUCUCUCAGUGAGACACUGGAGAAGAACACAGCCAAAAGCAUUGCUGAUGCAGCCAUGUUGGAGGUGGCGAGUAUUUCAAUGGGUCACAUGGAACCCGAUGAAUUCUAUGAAGGAAUCACAUUUGAGCACUUCCUCAAGUUGCUGAAUGGCUUCGAAAUCGAAUCAAGAAUGAACAUUCGCUUUCUGAGAAUGGACACAACAACCUUAUGUAAGUGAGAUUGGAAGACUAAACUGUGUGAUGACUUUGGGAAAACUGUAUAUGGUUUCACUCAGUAACUAUCUGUUGUUUCCUACACCAGUUUGUUGCUUGCAUUGAAUAUAUGCCUUACUCAUGUUUGAAUAGCUAUGCAAGUUCAAAGAAAAUAUGUACACUGUGGAUGUAUUAGGGGUAGUUUAUUUGAUUCUUAGUAAUAAUAUGAGAUAAUCAGUUAAAUAACAACCAGCCUGUUAGUAGUUCAACAAAGCAAUAAUCAAAUAUCCAUGUCUGGAGUAGCAGACAGUAGCAGAUUCUAUGCAUGCAAAUAUGGAUGCCUGAAGAACAUUUAAAAAUGUUAAUGCCAUAAAUCAAUAACUCUUAAUAAUAAUCAGGGAUAUAAAGGUGUGUCCUUAAAUGUAUCUAAUAAUAUAAAUGCAAUAACUUGAAAUAAUUUUUAUUCAUGUUACAAAUAUGACACUUGGUGCAUGCUUUGCACACCACAUUUGCACAAUAAAAGAUUCUAUGAAAUAGAUCUGACUUCAGUUCACGAUGCUUAUUUCUGAUAAAAAGGAAAUGGGAGUGCUGUCAUGCAAGAUUAAAUGCUUAAAGGCAGUUAUCCAAAUUAGGGCUUCUUUAAGAAGAGGAGGCUAUAUACAGUAUGUCUUAAUAUAAAACUAUUUUAGUCAAAUCCAUUUGAUCUCCAUUCGAUCAUUAUAACUUUUUAAAAACACACAAAUGGUUAUUUUUCAUUUCAAACAUUUUAAUAAAGUUUAGUUAACAUAAACCUUGAAAACAUAACACUGAGCAGAUUACAUCAGACCUUCUUAGAGGGUGAAUGACUCAUGGAAAUAAUCUUUGUCAAUGGUGUAUUCUGUGAUAUAUAAUCUCCUUCCAAUAUUUUAUAUUUGAGAACUUGCAAAGAAGUCAUGACACAAAGUGGAGAAUAUGGAGAUCCCUCCUUAUUCCAACAUAUCAUCCAACAUGUGAACAUGAAGCUUUUGUAACGUCAUCAUGUCCGGUUUUAAUAACUUUACAUGAAAAGUUAAAAUUUCAAGCUAAACCUUAACAGUAAUCUCUCAUAAACCGUUUCAGAAAGGCUCGAAAUUCUUUGAGCUAAAGUGCAAAGUGGACAAACAAAGAAAGCAGUGUAAGAAUAAAUUCAAGCUGAUUUCAAAUAGGAAGUCAGAAGUGUCCUGUGGGUGUAGUGGUUACGUUGUAUAUCAUAUGCAGUAAUAACCACAACAUCCCCCGUUUAAGUCUGACUAGGGACCUUGUUGUCACCCCACGCAAACCUCCUCAUGUUUCCUGCCAGCUGAUACUUCUGUCACUAUCAAUAAACAUGGCUAAAAUUGCCAAAAAAAGACCAUGUUUCCUUUGAGGUUUUUAUCAGUACCUGUUUAUUCUGUCGCUAGCUUGUGUUACUGUACAGGCAGCUAUUGGGCCUUUAUUUUGUGUGUUGCAUGUAUACUAACUUUUUUCUUUAUAUUUCCUGUGAAUGCCAAGUGAUAUUCAAUUCAAUUUAACUUUAUUUCAGAAACAUAGGUCCAUAUUAACAUAAAAACAAUGGACAGCAGUAUAGAGAUAUAAUAUAUAGACUAUCUAUGUCCAAAGAUACUCAUCAGCACAUUCUGACUUAAUACUUCAUUCAAUGUAUUCAGUCAUGGGUGUAUACUGCCCUCCACAGGUCAAAAUAUGUAAAAGCAUGUUAAAUCGUAAUAAACCUGCACCUGACUCAGUAAAGAUAUUUCUAUGUAUUUUUCUAUAGUAGUUACAGAUUAUGCAAAAUGUAUAAUGAAAUGCUUUUCAAUUUGAAUGUUUAGAUUUGUCACUUUUACUGUCAAUGCCAUUGUACUAUUUACUUUAUAAAGCUGUUCAUACUUUGCAAUAA